AAAACGGCUGGUCCGCCCACCCCCGACCGUGUGCUCGUGAGGGUGCGAUGAUCGAACGCUCCGUGUUAGUGUAUAACCAGUCUCUUGGUGACCAUGGAUCCGAAGAGUUUGUACGGUCUUGACGGUUCCGACUCAGGAUUUGAAAUGAGCUUCGACUCGGAAAAUGAAGCUACGUUUUCGUUGGACGACACUAUGGGCUCCGAGGAUUUCGCUUCGUCUGUGAGUUUAGCCGACGACGAUCUACAAGUAAAACCGAAAAAACGCCGGCAAAGAAGAACGAGAGAACGAAGUCCAAUGCAGCUGAUAAAAAUAAGAAAACACCGUCGCAUGAAGGCAAACGACAGGGAACGAAAUCGGAUGCAUAUGUUAAACGAAGCUUUGGACAGACUUCGAUGUGUUUUGCCAACAUACCCAGAUGAUGCGAAAUUAACAAAAAUCGAAACUCUCAGGUUCGCGCACAACUACAUUUGGGCACUAUCACAUACACUACAAGUCGUCGAGACUACCGAACAAUCUCCAAUAGACCAAGACCAACCCCUAAUGCUUACCAUGGGUGACGUGACGGUCAGCAUAAGCCAACAAGGCAACAAAAUCACCUCUUCUACGGGAACGUGUGCUUUGGCACAACAGAAGAAACCGUGCUCGCCAAUUGCCGAGCCACUGGCGACUUCGACGCCUAUAAAGGAGUCGUCCAAGCCGCACCAACACCCAGCGACGAGCCACUCUCUCAAUGAUUCUGGUUACUUCGAACCGCAACGUCUCGACCACCUCCUUGGUAUAACCAGCGAGCAUACCGGGCAUGACCACAGUUACCACCCUGACAGGUGGCUUCAGAAACCUGGUGACACUCAGCACCAUCACCAGCACCAGCCGCCACCGCCGACCGACAAGACGUGGCCCGAAAUGGCGUACUGCAAUGAAUACCAACCUACUUGGCCUCUACAGACCGCGUGGCACAAUCACGGACCAUUGACGUAUCCAUCAUCGGCUAUAGACCAGAGGUGCCAUGAACCGAUGAUGUUCUACUCUUGAGAUCGGCGAGAAAAAAACACUGCUUCCGCACUAAUACCGGGAGAAUUGAACGCCACCCGGCUAUUGGUUUCUGAUCGUCACCAUUGCUCACUUAUCCUACGAUCGCUCGGUGCUUUUAUCGUUGGCCUUCCCAGGUGACACGAAAACGCGUACUAGCUAUGAUUGUAAUAAUUAUCGGGUCUUAUUGUAUGAUGUCCGUUAUGUUUAUAUAUAUUUAUAUAUAUAUUAUAUUAUUUUACUUUAGUUCGCGAACACUCGUCACCGAGGCGAACGAUAACCAAUAUUAUAUUUUUGUACAUAUAUAUUAUUAUUAUGUAAUGAAUAAAACAAAAUUUACGCAUUAUACUAUA